AUGGUUGAUUAUCUGCAGAUUAAGGAUAUAGCAUUAAAAUUCUCAGGUGCUUAUAAGCAAUGCAAGCCCUGUACGAGCCCCAGCGCCUACAAGAAAGGACAGCGACCUUAUCCUGACUUCGAUACUAUUUCAGAAGGGGUUCCUUACCCUUACUUUCAGCCAGGAAGCUCCGGUUCUACUCCUGCUUGGAAUUUUUCAAGCACUGGCAACCACCCAACUGAUUCAAGGUUUACAGGAGCAUUUGGGGGUGAUUGGACCCCUGGUGGAAAACAAUCUAUCUCAGCUCAGUCUGGUGAACUGGUGGUAGAAGAUGAGGAUGAACCCAAAGAAUGGAUGGCGCAAGUGGAACCUGGCGUGCAAGUCACUUUUGUAUCUCUUCCUCAUGGUGGAAAUGAUCUAAAACGAAUUCGCUUCAGCCGAGAGAUGUUUGACAAAUGGCAAGCUCAGAGAUGGUGGGGGGAGAAUUUUGAUCGAAUCAUGGAGCUUUACAAUGUUCAGAGAUUCAACCGGCAAGCUUUUCAUACUCCUCCAAUGUCUGAAGAUGGAAGAGAUUCAUCUUACUCGAGGCUUGGUUCUGCCAUGGAAAGCCCUAUGAUGACCCCAUCGAUACCCAAAGAGUGGGCUCCCAGAAACUAUUAUAAACCUUCUGGUGGUAAAGGUCAUUUCCCACCUGAUUAUCUAGAUCAAGGUGGCAGCCAAAACUACAAUGGUGGGUCAAGUGCUUAUGCCACUGGCGGGGCAUCAUCUAUGGAUGCAUCACGGACGACGACCUCCUCUAGAGACGAAGCUUCAAUUUCCAUUAGCAAUGCCAGUGACAUGGAGUCAGAAUGGGUGGAGCAAGAUGAGCCUGGGGUGUACAUCACCAUCAGACAGUUAGCUGAUGGCACUAGGGAGCUCCGGCGAGUCAGAUUCAGUCGCGAAAGGUUUGGGGAGGUGAAUGCAAAGCUUUGGUGGGAAGAGAAUAGGGACAGAAUACAGGCUCAGUACCUUUGAACAUUAUAUACAACCAUAUACAUACCCAUCUUUACUGAUUAGAUUAUUGGCGUUCAAAAUGGCCCCAGAGCACAACCGGAUGAAGAUGGAACGUUUCAAUUUUGCUUCUUAACAAAUGAUGAUAAAAAAAACUGACCAUAACGUUCAAUCUCAACAAAAGAACGUAUUAACUAGGACGACUGCUGAUGUUGAAGAUCUGAAAGGCAUUACAUUUUGAUGGUAAUCUGGUGUUAUUCAUGAUGUUUAAUUCUCUCCACAACAGCUCUCCCCAAGGGUUGAAUGCCAUGUAAUGACAGGUUACAGAUUUGCCCUUUCCAUCUUGUAUUUAAUUGUCACAACCUUGGUGCCUCUUUUUUUGUUUUUUUUUCCUCUCGUCUCUUCUGGUUUUUAGGACACUACAGGGCAAUGAGACAAUGAAUAUGUUGACAAUGUACAUCUUUCAUGUGAGA